UAAAUUUUUCUCAUCGGMCCCAUCAUAUGUUUGCAGUGCUUUUUGUGGAAUAGUAACUAAUAUAUAGUAAUUUUAGUUUUAUUUUAAGAUAAAACAUGCAAAUAACAAUAAAGAUUUUAAAAGGACAAGACGUUACAUUAGACGUCGAGCCGCAUACUUUAAUAUCAGAUAUGAAAAAGGAAAUUGAAAGUAAAUUGAAUAUACCAUUACCAGAGCAAAAAUUGUUAUUACUUGGACGUACGUUAAAAGAUGAGAACACUGUGUCCGCAUAUCCAAAUUUACAUGAAGGAUGUAAACUAAAUUUGGUAGUGAUGCGACCACGAAUAGAAGGAUUACGAGAGAUCCUACAGAAAUCGUUUCGAAAGUACUAUAAUGAACCACAAGCUGACAACUUGGUUACUGCUUUUAUGACCGAUUUUGAAACGAAUUUAAAACAAAUGAGUGUAGACGAUAUUGAACGUUUAUCUGAGAGUUUAUUAGGUGUUUAAAUUGGAAAACUCCAUCGAUACAGUUGGAGUUUCGAAGUAGAAAUUUAUAUAAAAUUCUUAUACAUUUGAUAAAUUUAUAUUUAAAUUCAUAUGAUUAAUUUUUCAGGGUGGAUGUAAAAAUAUUUAAAAUGUUGGUAUUUUCCAUAUUUUUUCCCCCCAUAUUAUAUAAUAAAAUAAUCGCGUCUAAAAUUGCCGUUAUGAUUGUUUUUCUGUAGAGAAGCUUGAAAACGUAAACAUGCAACGAUAGGAAUGUGCCCAAACUAUUACGAAUAGCUCCGGUCCCACGACAGUCGGGUCUACGUAACC